CUUGGCCCCCUUGGAUUGGCUCGUAGAAUCGAAAUAAACAAGAAAGGAGCCGAGAAGAGGGAGGACAGAGAAAGAACUAAAGGGAACUCGACCGAAGUAGAACGAAGUAUCAGAAGAAAAAUUAGUAAUUGUGGAUCGUGACACGUCGCACUAUGCUUGACACUGACGCAAACACGAAACAAAAUGAACGAGCCUCGAUAGCUGCGUUCUACGCUGGUCGAAGUAUUUUUGUGACAGGUGGUACUGGCUUUCUGGGGAAAGUAUUGAUCGAGAAGCUCUUGAGAUCCUGUCCCGAUGUUGGGGAAAUAUUCAUGUUGAUACGACCAAAAGGCGGGCUGUCAAUCGACAAGAGGCUCAAGAAAAUGCUCGAUUUAUCGCUGUUUGAUAGAUUACGAAAAGAAAGGCCAUCCAAUUUGAAAAAGUUGAUCCCAGUUUACGGUGACAUGAGCGUCGACGGUUUAGAUUUACGGCCAGACGAAAGACAGAUCAUCAUCGAACGAGUUUCCGUGAUUUUUCACGUAGCCGCGAAUGUUCGAUUCAUCGAGGAUCUGAAGAAGGACAUACUCUCGAACGUCCGCUCGACCAGAGACGUUUGCAUUCUCGCGGGAGCUAUGAAAAACUUGGUGGCAUUGCUGCAUGUCAGCACUGCGUACGCUCAUGUCGACAAGCCGAUAAUUGAAGAGAUUACGUAUCCUCCUUUGACCAGCUGGAAAGACGCCAUAUUAAUGGCAGAAACUCUGGACGAACAAAUCGUGCGAACGUUUACUUCCAAGUACUUGGGUUCGAUGCCAAACACGUACACGUUUACCAAGCGACUAGCGGAACAGGUGAUAAGCGAUUACUCGAAAGACCUGCCUAGUAUAAUUUUUCGACCAUCGAUAGUGAUAUCUACGAUCGAGGAUCCUGUAAGUGGCUGGUUGGACAACUUCAACGGACCUGUGGGAAUGAUGAUCGCCGGUGCGAAAGGAAUAUUACGAGUAAUUCGUGUACAACCAGACAUCUCCAACGAUUUCCUGCCUGUCGACUUGGCCAUUAAAAUUAUAAUGACAGCCACAUGGAAACGAGGAUUAGAAACGAUUUCCAAGGACCCGAGCAUUUACGUCUACAAUGGCAGCUCGUAUCAGAUUCAUCACAUCAGCAUCAAAGAAAUGGUCAAGCUAGGAUUGCAGCUAAACGAACAGGCGCCGUUGGAAGGGAUCGUUUGGUAUCCUCAAGUCAUUUUAACACCCAAUCGUACUCUUCAUUACGUGUUAACGUUGUUUAUGCACGUUCUACCAGCCUUGAUCAUCGACGAAAUCCUUAAAGUAAUUGGUCGCCAACCGAUGCUGCUGAAAAUUCAGAAAACUAUCUACUGCAGCGUGACGCAAUUGAAUCACUUUUUAUACAACGAGUGGAUUAUUCAUAAUUCCAAUACAUUAGUUUUAAGGACGCAAGUUCCACUGGUAGAACGAGAAAUCUUUAGUUACGAUUAUUCUCAGUUCAACAUAAAAGAAUACUUUAUGAAUUGUUUGAUCGGAGCGAAGCGUUAUCUCUUAAACGAGGAUUUGACUCAAAUAGAGGAUGCAAGGCGACAAUACAACAGGAUGAAGUACAUCAAUCAAAUAUUCAGCGCUUGUCUAAUCGUAAUGGCAAUAUGGAUAUUUGCGAGAACUGGAAUAUUUUCGUACUUCUUCGAGUGAAUUCGCUGUAUCUUCUAACUGCAUCUCGCUAACGUCUAAUCGUUUCUUCGUAAAUUGCGACGAGUUUCGUGUGAUGCAAUUGAAGAGGAGGUGAGAUUAACAAAGAAGAACGAGACAGAAAGAAGCUGUGUCACGAUACUGCAACUAAUGACGUUUCUGUACGAAAUAAAAUAGGUUUUGAGAAGAAUAUACGCGAAUGCAUUAUAUAUUCUA